CGGCUUUUGUGUUUUAUGUUCAUUUGCUCUUUGGAAAUUUCUCAUGAUUGUAUAGUGAGAUAUAUAAAAUUGGUUAAAUAAGGCUCUUUCUUUUCACCCGCUGGUUAGUCCUUUGGGACCUAUUGCGUCAUGGGCGGAUUAAAAGAGGAUCUGGCAUAUGACCCUCCAUGCCAUCCACGGGCAUGCGCCAUUCAAAGUUGCUUGACGAAGAACUCUUAUCAAGAAGAGAAAUGUCAAUCUCAGAUAAAUGCUUUGUACGAGUGUUGUAACGCCUUCUAUCAAGCCCGAGGGGAGGAAGCAAAGACACCGAGUUGCCCUAAGGCCAGUCUGCUCAAGCUGAGGAUGAAACAACGCGCGCAAGGCAACUGAGAUUCUUUCCCUUUCCUUUUCCCAAUGAUUACUUGCUGUACACAAAACCGACCAGUACAUACUACAAUUCAUAUACAGAAUACUAGUUAUUAGAUGCGAGGUAGCAAUCCAUGAGUAUUACUGGUAAACCCAUAGUAAUACAUAAAAAAAGCGAUGUGACAAUCCCUACAGGCUAAGCCCUCAUGCGUCAGGAUGGACCAGACUAAUUGUAAGAAUUGCCAUGAUUGUUCUAAGACAAUCUUGAGCACGCAAAGAGGCCGAUUGACCUGAACGAAGAUUGAAGCGCUCGUUCCGAGACUCUAAU